AUGGUGGACAAAGCGGGUUCGCGGCAGGUUUUCUCGGGGUUCUACCAGGAGAUCAUCCACCUGUCGCAGCUAAAGAGCCUGAACGUGGGCGGCAACCGCUUCCUGAAGGUGCAGGACCUGAUGACGCUGGCGCUCAACUGCAAGGGGCUGCAGGAACUGAAGGUGGCGAAGCGGCCGCCGCGCGAGGGCUUCGGCAAGCUGAGCGACAGCGACGCCGUCUACAUGUUCACGCACCUCAAGGCGGCGCUCGUCUCGCUCAAGAUGGACGUGGCCGGCCUGGGCGACGCCGCCCUGCUGGUGGGUAUGAGACGAAUGGUUCUGGCUCCUUCUUUCUCUAUGUGA